ACUCCCAGAAGAAAAGUCAAGUGACCUGGAGAAAUCUGCCCUGCGAGGGGAAAAAUUCGACACUUUCCACUGGAACAACGUUCUAAAAUAGAAGAGACUCACUCUGAAACCACCAUUCCAGAAACCCGGGCAGGGCUCGGCCGUCCCUCUGGCUCCCAGAUUCUUUUGGCGGCUCUCGCUUUGGGAGGCUCUCACAUUCCUCUGCAGAUCUGCCCCUUCCUCCUUCUUCCUCUUGCUCCUGGGCCACUGGGUUUUCAAAAAUCCGGAAAAUCCAAGAGGGGCAAGGAGAAAAGCAGCAGCCGCCUGAAUCGAGUCCAAGGGUGGAUGUGUCCGGCUUCACAACGAGCCAGGCCGGGAAAACAAGGACUGAGGCUUACACAACAGGCCGCCAACUCUUCGACCCCGGCGGCGCAGCCGGAGCCCCCGCCGGCUCGGGCGCCCUCUCCCCGCCCCAGAAGUGGCCAGCCCCAACCCCGGAGGAAGGAGGGGGCGCGACGAGGCUGUCGGGCGACUUCUGGCCACUCGCUGAGUGGUCUCUUUUGUUUGCCUAAUUCCUCAGCAGUUUCUGAGCCUGACGCUGACCCUGCUCUGAAUCCCAGGAAGCCCGUCCAAAGGUAACCCCAGCAGAAACCGGUUCCUCACCCGGGACUUACGACCCCCGAUCACCACCCUCGCGUGCACGCACACACUCAACAGUUUGGAGUUUGGAGAGUGAGCUCCGGCGAGCGGAUGGCGCGGCCAGCCGUCUGUCCGUCCGUCCUCCUCUCCGCCCCGCGGGGCCCGGCCAGUUGGGGGCGCGGGCUGCGCCCCUAGCCUGCCUUCCCCGGCGCUCUCAGACCCUCCGCUCCGCCAGCGAGAAGGCAGCUCCAAAACAAAAAGGCGAUUCCGGGAGGUGGCGUCCUGAGGAAGGAGAGGAUCGCCAAAGGGGAGGUUGGUCUUGAACUCCUGGCCUCAAAUGAUCCUCCCACCUCAGCCUCCCAAAAUGCUGGAAUUACAGGCAUGUGCCACCGCGCCCGACCCCCAAAUAUUGUAUUGUAAAAGACAAUGAAAAGCAUACAAAACAAAAAUGAUCAGUGAGAAGCUAGGUGGCGUCAAAUGCCUGGACAAAAAGGGGUUAGGUCUGCAGCGCUACACUCAGAUGUAACUUACAGAUGCAACUAGCGGAAACAGCAUUAAAUUUGUUAACUCAGUGCUUGGUGGCCAGAAAUUCAUGUCGGGAUAAUUCAUUUGAGCACAGACUAAAGGGUUUGGACUUGUACUUACAGUCCAAGUUUCUCAAACUUGCUGGGUUUUAUGAAUCAUCUGACACUUUAGUUAAUAAUAUGGAUUUCCAGGCGGCUCCCUUAUAGAUCCCUUUUCUGUGGGCCUAGGAAGCAGCCAAGCAAUCAGUAUUUCAUGGAUUCGGUGCCACCCAUCUCAACUUGACAGUGAGAGAUCGCUCUGCCUGCCAGGUGAAGGACCUGACGUUGGCGGGCGGCGGGGACUACCAGGUCAGCCCCAGGACAGCCGGCUCCGGCAAGCUCCCCCACGGCAUGGCAGGAGCCCAGUGGAAGUUAGCACAGUAAACCCAAUCAACAAGCCGCAGUCACCCAUCUUCCCCAGAAAUGGCCUCUUCAGCUCUUGCGGGGGAGACUCUGAAAGUCCCCAAAGGACAGAAGUCUAGGAGGAAAUGAUUGCCGCAGAAAGGGAUACAGUCUUGGCUACUAAGAAGCGCGCGGAGCCGCCUAGGCACUCGCUCCCAACCACCCCCACUCCGAUGCUUCUACCCCCUCCCUCGCAAACGCGAAGAAAAGAAGAAACGCGAGAUCCCAGUGCAGAGGCGUGGUCCCACCCUGGCCAAUGGGAAGUGAGGGCGUGACUUUAAGCCUUUCUUUCAUUGGCCCAGGGUCCCAGGCCGUCCAGGUCUUAGUGCGCCGCGGCGGAAAUCGCGCGGGCGCCAGAACGCGCUCUCAGCUUCGUGUCCUGCCGCUGCGGCUGCCGCCAUCAUGGUGCGGAAGCUUAAAUUCCACGAGCAGAAGCUGCUGAAGCAGGUGGACUUUCUGAACUGGGAGGUCACCGACAACAACCUGCACGAGCUGCGCGUUCUGCGGCGUUACCGGCUGCAGCGGCGGGAGGACUACACGCGCUACAACCAGCUGAGCCGUGCCGUGCGUGAGCUGGCGCGGCGCCUGCGCGACCUGCCCGAACGCGACCAGUUCCGCGUGCGCGCUUCGGCCGCGCUGCUGGACAAGCUGUAUGCUCUCGGCUUGGUGCCCACGCGCGGUUCGCUGGAGCUCUGCGACUUCGUCACGGCCUCGUCCUUCUGCCGCCGCCGCCUUCCCACCGUGCUCCUCAAGCUGCGCAUGGCGCAGCACCUUCAGGCUGCCGUGGCCUUUGUGGAGCAAGGGCACGUACGCGUGGGCCCUGACGUGGUUACCGACCCCGCCUUCCUUGUCACGCGCAGCAUGGAGGACUUUGUCACUUGGGUGGACUCGUCCAAGAUCAAGCGGCACGUGCUGGAGUACAAUGAGGAGCGCGAUGACUUCGAUCUGGAAGCCUAGCGGAUCUCCCACUUUGCAUGGCUGUCUUUUACAGAUGGGAAAACUGAGGCCUGGUGCUGGAGAUUCUAUGAGGGUGCUCUCCUCAAGCGUAUCAGACGGUCGGUCGUAGGUUCAGUGGCAGGCCAUGCAUAGAGCCACUGGAGGUGCGUCCUUGUUUUCCAGGAAAUGUUCUUAUAACUUGGACUAUUGAUUAUUAAUUGACUGUGCCUUGGGAAACAGUGGGAAGUAACUUGGUGCUGCACUGGGGUAUUGUUGGCUUCUUGUGUUGGAAACUUUGUAAUGUAAAAGGAAAAACUGGAAAUCCCCACGCCCUGUUUCCCUUUACCGUCUUGUAGUUGGACUGGUUCAAUUCGUUUAACUCGAAUUCUUGCUCCUGGCCGUGGUUAAGCUGUGUACAGAUGAUGGAGAGUUGGGCCUCAAGUUUUUAUAAACUGAGCGAGACUAGUGUUCAGGAUCUCCUCCCUUGUUUAAAUGUCAAUAAAUGCCCCAACUGCUUUGUAAGUGCAA